AUCGGACCUGGGCAGGGCAGGAAGGAGCUCGAGGACACUCGGCAAUAUCCAGCGCUACGUGACGACUCGACCCGACCCGACUCGCGCGCAGUGGCGUCAGGUCCAGCAGAGUGCAGUGCAGGGCGGAAGAAGCCAAGCUACCAAGCCGCGACCCCACGAAAAAGUGCACAUUGCCUGCCGUUGGAGCAGCAGCUAGCGCGUCCAGUCCAUCGCCGCGUCGUAGUGAGCUGAGACUCGCCGUUUCGCCACACCAGUUCGUAACCUACUACGUGCAGGGCACACGUCCGUCCGUCCCGCUCGUUUUACCCGCCCUAGCACCCCCUAGUUAAGCCUAGGCGAGGCUAGAGACAGCAAGUAGCAUGAGCUCUCCCGACGCACCGGCGUCCGAGGGUGCGCUGGCCAAGGAGCUGAACGCGCUCGUGGCCAGCACCAACUUCGACGACAAGAUCUGCCUCGAAGACUUCACGCUCAUCCGCGUAAUCGGCAAGGGCUCCUUCGGCAAGGUCACGCUCGUGCGCAAGAAGAACAACAGCAAGGUCUUCGCCAUGAAGAUCCUGACCAAGUCCCAUCUGCUUAAGCGCAAGCAGGUGGAGCACACCAAGACGGAGCGCCGCGUGCUCAGCGUGGCCAGCCACCCGUUCAUCGUGGGGCUGCACUACGCCUUCCAGACCGAGGCCAAGCUCUACUUCGUGCUGGCGCGCAAGGGACACGGCACAGCAGUGGACUGGUGGGGGCUCGGCAUGGUGCUGUACGAGAUGCUGACGGGCCUGCCGCCUUGGUACACGCGCAACCGGCAAGAGCUGUUCGCGCGCAUCCGUGAGGCGCCGCUGGAGAUCCCCAACUACCUAAGCCGCGACGCGGCCUCGCUUAUCCAGUCGCUGCUGCACCGCGAGCCCGAGAAGCGUCUGGGCAGUCGCGGCGCAGGCGACGUGAAGGCACACCGCUUCUUCCGCACUGUGGACUGGGACGGUCUGCUGUGGGCCGAGCCGCCGUUCAAGCCGUCGGACCCGCAGUCGAAGGAGGAGGGCGACACGUCCAAUUUCGACAGGGAGUUCACGGAGCUGCCCGUAAGCGGCACCCCACUGAGCAGAUCUGCAGGCGGCUCGGGCCUGCCCAAGAGCAUGUUCACAGGCUUUACAUACGAGGCACCGACACUUUCGUACGGAUCCAACACAUCGCAGUCGAAGGUCGAUGUGUCCUCCACCCCGUAUAUUUAGGUCAAGCGAAGCGAGAAGCUGUCGCUGCUGCUAAGGCCGUCGCUGGUGGGCUUGCGAGCGCUUCGGAUGGCGAGAUGGACGGGCACUGUGCAUGUUGUGUAUGCGGAUAUGUGCGCGUUCUACCAAAAGCACUCGGAUCCCCAGCUGCUGGCUAGAGAAGGAGUUCAUGAAGCUAUCGAAGGACAAGCAGGCAGGCGGGGCCGAACAGCGAGCGAAGCUGCAGCAGGAAGUACAGAGGUAGGUAGCUAUAUAGCGCGUUUUUGGAUUGAGCUGGCCGGCGCGUCACCUCCCUCCCCCGGUGGCGUUAGCCAUGAAGUCGGCAGGCAGGAUGUCCCCUUGAUAAUAGAGCGUUUAGAAGAAUGCAAGUUG